AUGGUAGUUAAACUGGCAGAGUUCUAUCUGUCGGGAUGUAGCGGUCAUUUCAUUAACUGGUUUGGUGCACCUUAUACAUUUGUUAUUUCUCUUGGAGGUGAUGGCGCACCAUUCAGGAAGGAUGACACUUCAUGUGCAUGGCUGAUCAGUUUUCUAAAUAUAAGGAGAGGGGUAUUAAGCAGCAACGAGAAUUAUUUACUUUUUGGGGCAAACUGCAGUGAAAACUGUUUUCCUGCUCAACGGUUUAUUAAGUUGCUUCUAACUGAUAUAUAUUGCAUUGAGAAGGAACCAAUAAGUUGCACUCAUGAUGGUAAACAGGUAAUGGUAAGAUUUUCAAUCGGUGAACUCCCGAAUGAUAUGAAAAUGAUAGCAUUUUUGGCAGGGGAAUUAAGUAAUAGUGCAAAAGACUUCUCGUCAUUUGCUUAUGUAUCUAGUGACAAUGCUGAUAAUAUUCAUGGUACAUUUGGUAGGGAGGCCAAAAACACAUGGAAGCCCUGGGAAUAUUCAGAUAGGAUGAAGAGGUUGUUAAGUCUGUUGAGCAGUUAAAGAAUAAAAUUUCCAAGACAAAGUUGUCCGAUACCCCCAAACGGCAUAAAGUAACAAGUUUCAUUGCCGAAAAAAGAGUAGACAGGAAUUUGAACCUUUAUUAGGGAACAUUGUAGACCGUGCUCAUGUAGGGCUUUGCAUUUAAAAAACAAUGUUUGUGCUCAUGCCCAUAGCUAUCUUUGAAUGAAGUGAUUAGUCAUUCAAAUUUAACAGAGACAAUAUUUUCCAAAAUUCCUGGCAGUUCACCCUUUGCACGGUAUGUUAAUGCAAUGAAAACAAAAUGUAAACUUUCUCGCCUUGCAAAUAGGAUUGUGAGAUGGUUCAACGAAACUGGAGCAAAUGGUAAAGCAUUUCAUUGUCGUUUUACUGAAAAAGAUUCCAGAUUAUUCUUACAAAAUUUCAUGUAUUUAAUUGAUGCUGUUGAACCAAGUGCAAAACAGGGGUAUUGCAAAGAACAUACUUAUCAUGUUUUGGCAUAUUUGUUUGACUCUGCGUGA